UUGUAUGUUUGCACCAAAAGUAAUGGCAGUUUUUAAAUGCAUUUUCCACUAAAGUUAACGUUGCGUAUUAAUUGCACAACACACGCUUUCUAGGCGCUUGACUUUUCAGUUUAGUUAUUGCUUUUCCUCCUACCAUUAUUACGUCAUUAAUAAUUGAUCCCUUUGUUUAACAGCGCCCUCUGUCGCUUAAUGUUUCAUUAAUGACGUGUUUAUAAAUCCUGAGAUCGAUUUCCGGGGCUCUUCAGCCGGAAAGUUACCGGACGGAAAUGAGUUUCGAAAUAAAGAUAGUUGUCCUUCUUCUGUCGGCAUGCUGUACACUAAUCAACCUCUUUGCAUUGGUUUGCAUCGUAAGCAACUUCAAACGACUUCGACAGCGGAUGUAUAUCUUCAUUAUCAACCUUACCAUUGUUGACGUCAUAGUGGGGGUCGCGUAUAUGAUCGACGUCGUGACCAAGAUCCUUCGAAGCGAAGCCUCUGUGACGUCACAAUCUGAGGGUUUUGGAGCGACAGCGGCGACGGAAGGCUUGAAAAUUGCGUCAAUUCUCCUCUCGGCUUUGAACACCAGCGUCGUGACGUACGCCCUACAUAAGCGGACCACAAGUAUGGGGCGCCACCGUGCGGAGUCCCUUAACAACGACACAACGGGGAAUCCCCUACACAUCCCUGCCUUCGACACGAUGCUACGUGUGUUGUCGCUUGGCACUCAGACACCCAGCGCCAAUCGAAAGGGUUCACGCCUCAACCAAUCAAGCCCCAGGAAGCAGCCAAGCGUAAACGGGAAUUCUCCAAAGCACAUCAAUGGCGAUUGCCUCGAAUGCGAGGAAGAAGAAACGAGCUUGGCUAAAAAAAACGCAGAAUCGGACAGACGGAUCGGCCAGCAGAGACUUUCGCCCGGAGAUAAGCAAGAAUCCUCGAGUAAAUCACGAAGGAAGAAAAGCAUGUCACGACUUACAGCUAUGCUCUUGCCCCGUACAAGCCUCGUCAGCAUUCGUCCCUCCAACUUCCCACGCUCCAUGACGUCAUCAACUUACAGCCAAUCAUACGUUGGUCGCCAUGGCAACUCGGUGGUCAGCGUCCGUACAACAGUCGCCAUCUUAUUGGUUAUUUGGAUUGUUUUCCUAAUCACGUGGUUGUUGCCAGUAGCAACGAGAGCUGUGAUGAAAGCAAGCGGGUCAUCAAAUCAAGUAGCAGAAAUUUUUUCUUGCUCUCUGGAGUGCGAAACGGAAUAUUUUCCAAAUAUUGAGCAAACCAAUAAUGAUGAAAAAAAUCAAAGUCCAUUUUCUGACAGCAAUGAUUAUGAUACGGGCGUAAUGGCAUCGAAUCUUUCAACCGGCUACGUGAAAAGUGAAGAAAACAGUACAGGACUUCACCCGAACCCGAUACGACGCAUUAGGCACACAAAAUCUCGAAUCAGGAGAUAUAAAGAUGCCUUAUUUAACGAGAGUGGUUUCGUGGCCCACUCGCUAUUAACUGUGACGUCAGAAUCGAACUACACAGACGUCAACUCAUCCGGGGAUUUCCCGAUUCCAUGGGAACAGCGCCCCAUGUGUCCAGAAUCGUGUUCAAAUCUUUUUUAUCCAAUCAGCAAGCUACACGUGAUUUUUCAUGCUCUGGUUAUCACAGUCACGUGGCUGUUUAUGCUCAUUAUCUCGCUACGCCUCUUGUGGCUGAGAAAGCAUUCGAAGAACGUGUUUGUGCGCUGUAGCGCACUCUGGCGGUUUAUACUCUAUACCGCAGUAUUUUACUUGGUGGCGUACGCGACUUACGUCGCCGUAUGCGUGCUCGAUGCAAUGCACACGAACACACCGAACGAUGCAAAUCGCGCAACAUCUAUUAUGAUGCUGAACGUGACAAUGAACUAUGACCGAACAAAUAGAUCUAUGACGUCACAACCUGCAAAUCUGGUACCCCCGCAUGGGUUUGAACCCAGUUUGUUAUUACUAGAAGUGGCGUCGUGUCUCGUUCUUUUUCAUUCCACAAUAGCACCAUCUUUAUACAUGGUAAGGCUGCUCGGCUUUAGACGUCUUCUCGCCGGUAUUCGGUUUAGAUAAGCGUCGUUAACAUUGUUGUUUUGUUUUGUACAUGCCGGCGAUUUUUACAAGCUUUCUUUCAUUCCAAUACAUUGUUCCCCUUGUGUUCCACACAUAGUUAAA